GAGAGAGAGAGAGAGAGAGAGAGAGAGAGAGAGAGAGAGAGAGAGAGAGAGAGAGAGAGAGAGAGAGAGAGAGAGAGAGAGAGAGAGAGAGAGAGAGAGAGAGAGAGAGAGAGAGAGAGAGAGAGAGAGAGAGAGAGAGAGAGAGAGAGAGAGAGAGAGAGAGAGAGAGAGAGCGAGAGCGAGAGCGAGAGCGAGAGAGAGAGAGAGCGCGCAGUGGCGACUCGAUGGUCGUUUUUCAGAGAUGUCGGAGAAGGUUGGUGAGGGGGAUACCCAUACGUCUCUGGUGUAAAUAGGCACACCAAAACCUCAUGUUUCACCCCCUAGUCUCCACCAUACGGACGCAGACAUGAAUUCCGCCGAGCAGACGGUAACGUGGCUCAUCACGCUGGGGGUCCUGGAUUCACCCAAGAAGCGGAUCUCGGAUCCGGAGAGCUUUCUCCAGUCUUCCCUGCGGGACGGAGUGGUGCUGUGUAGACUGCUGGAGCGGCUGCGACCCGGGACGGUGCUGGGCAAAGUGUUCUCUGACCCGCGAGCGGAGAGCGAGUGCCAAAGUAACAUCAGCGAGUUUCUGCAGGUCUGCAGCGUCUUCUCCGUGGAGGUGAGUGUCGACAACACCCCCAUGAGGAACCCCCCUAUGGUUCAGAGUAAAGGGAGAUGACCGAAUUCUGUAUUUUCUGUCAUUUCUUUCUGCACCCUCCGACUUUGCGUUUGCUUACUGUAACUGUGUGUGGCUCAUAGUUAAAACCGAUAGUGCACGAGUUCGCAGUUUGAGUGCCUUGUGAACAAACACAGUGAUAUAUCAGGGAUUGGACGUCAUGUUCAGAAGCUUAUUAUGUAGAUGAUCAGUUCAAGUAUUCAAAAGGAAAUAUCAUAAUGACAGUAUUAGGCGAUUAACCGCAUACUUUAAUUAUCCUUUUCUUUUGGGUCUGUUGGGAAUUUUGUGUGUUUUCUCAUGACUCCCAGCACAGGCUUCCUUGCCCGAAUUCCUCACGGGAUUACUUCUAUUUAAUCAGUAGUUAUAGCAACAGAGAUUUGAAACAGUGAUUGUUGGUGCCUGGCGUUGUAGCAACAGAUUGCGCCACCACACUAUUUAUGAUUAUGGAGCCGCUGGUUGGAGUGUGUGUACUUUGUGACCUGUUGCACUCAAUGUAACAGAACACACCCCAACCCGCGUACAGUGUGAGUGUGUGUUCUGACUUCUGGCAUGCUUUGACACUGACACACAGACACACGCACGCAACCACAAACACACACACGUACGACAGACAGACAGACAGACAGACAGACAGACAGACAGACAGACAGACAGACAGACAGACAGACAGACAGACAGACAGACAGACAGACAGACAGACAGACAGACAGACAGACAGACAGACAGACAGACAGACAGACAGACAGACAGACAGACAGACAGACAGAUCAAUUAACUAGUUUGUGACAUCACACAUGAGAGUGGCGAUCGCAAUAUCUGAUAGGUUAGAAUCAUACCAGUCUACCACCUGGGUGGACACUCCCACUUGUGAUGUCACAAACGGGUCGAUUUUUAUAAGUUUAUUUGCAUGGCUUACCUCAAUGUCAAACCUGGUGAAGUAGAAAACCAUUUAACAUGGAAAUAGAAUAUAAAGAACAGUGCAGUCUCUGGUGGUAAACCAGUUACUACAACUUCCACUUUAAAAGACAGAAAGGAAGAAAACCUUGCGCUAGCCUACACCUUCAGCUAGCCUACACCUUCAGAUAGCCUACACCUAGAGCUAGCCUACACCUUGAGCUAGACUACACCUUGAGCUAGCCUACACUUAGAGCUAGCCUACACCUUGAGCUAGCCUACACCUAGAGCUACCCUACACCUUGAGCUAGCCUACACCAUAAACUAGCCUACACCUCAAGAUAGCGUACACCUUGAGCUAGCCUACACCUUGAGCUAGCCUACACAUUGAGAUAACCUACACCUUGAGCUACUCAACACCUUGAGAUAGUCAACAUUUUGGGCUGAAUAAUUCUUUGAGAUAGCUAACAAGUUGAGUUAGCUAAAUAUUGGGCCGUAUCAGCCCCACGAAUGCAACGUCUGGAGAAAAAUUGAGGAAGAGGGAUGGAUGGGUUGGCCUUCAUUAGGGGAAGGAGGUGGAGAAGAGCUCAAAGAGGUAGAGAGGCAGCAGUGGUAAUGAUUUAAUUUGAACUGUCAGUUGGCCCU